UCUCCUGCACUCUGAUCAUCUUCAUGGCUUCCUCUGGACCCCUGACAGGCUGUAUCAGAGGUGCUGCACCAACGGCCUGACCCACUUAAGUAAAACCUCAUGGGAGGAAAAUAACAGCUCUUGUAGGGGAACCGAGGACCCUGCCACGGAGGAACAUUUCUGAGCCAUAUAUAUUUAGAAACAUUUGGUUUUGUGCUCCUGCUGAGUUAAAGCAGUGUGCUGUCUCUGGGCUCUGCCAUACACUGUCAUUAUGCAGAGCUUUGUUUUAAAGCAGCAGAAGGGGCUGCCCAAACCGUUGGGUUGGCUGGUGUACGGGAGGGUUUUUUUUGACUGCAGGCAGCCAGCCCUCAGGUCCUUUAAAUUAUCUGUGUUUACGGCUAAAUAUAAGUUCCUCAAAACUCUUCGUACAGCACUCACGGAUGUCUGUAUAUAUAGCAUCACUGUGUACAUUACCGCUAUGAGUUGUGGAGCCGUUACCCUGAAACGUGGAAACGUUCAAGGGCUUGUUUUGGCGACAGGGUCUUUCAAGGCAGUCGCAAAUGUUUUGUUAAGGAGGAGAUUUAUGCAGUGCCUAAACCAUGUUUCUGCAUUGCAGGCCAAGCGAUGUCGGUGCUGGAGCCCCUGGCAGCCCCAUCCUACUGACGGCGAUGUGAGCGUGGCACUGCGGAGCCCCAAAGCCCUGCGAGAUGGAGGAGCUCUACAAGGAGACUCCCAACCUGCCCAUGGAUGUCACCAGCCCACCGGCGGCCAUGGCCAACAACAAGCUGGAGAACGGCGUGGCCCAGCUGAUCACGGCGGAGGCCUGGAACAUCAAUUCAGCUGAUCUGAUGAAGAAGGCCCUGUCCCCGCUGGUGACUGUUCCUGCUCCCUCCAUCCUGACACCGCCAGCUGAGUCACAGAGUGGGGUAGCACUGAAGGUGGCGGCCACCGUGCUGCAGCCCAUCUGCCUGGGGGACAGCCCCGUUGUCCUGCCCAUCCACCUGCAGGUGGCUGGCAGUGCCGCCCCGCAGAUGCCGGCCAGUGGUGCCACCCCGUACGUCAUGACCACGCAGGGCCCCAUCCCGCUACCAGUCCUGCUGGAGCAGCAUGUUUUCCAGCACCUCAACUCGCCCCUGGUGCUGCCCCGCACUGCCUGCCCUGCCAGCCCCCUGCAUGGUGGUCUCUUCCCAGGCGCCUCUGCCCCUGUUGGCCAGCCCCAGCUCCUGGAUCCUAAACCCUCGGGCCCAGGCCAAGAGCCUGUGCUGCCGCCUGUCUUUCAGACACCGGGUUUUGCCGCAGUCCUGCAGGACCUCUUCCCCUCAGGGCAGGGUGCCCUGGGCUCGGCCCCCUGCCAGCCCCCUCCUGACUAUGCUGCCCUCCCACCCCAGGCCUUCAGCUCACCCCUCUCCCCGCUGGUGCCCCCUGCCACGCUGCUGGUGCCCUACCCUGUCAUCGUGCCCCUGCCUGUCCCCGUGCCUAUUCCCAUCCCUGUCCCCAUCCCCAUGCCCCAUGGUGCUGAAGCCAAGGUGACCCCCGACCCACCCAAGCCCCCACUCUUCACCCCACAGCCCUGCAAGGGCACCCAGACCCCUCUGGAGAAGGAGGAGACGAAGCCCUUUGACCUCAUCCACCAGCGGGACUUCUCGCAGCUAAACCGCCACACUGUCAUCAAGAUGGGCAGCGAGAAUGAGGCGCUGGACCUCUCCAUGAAGGGCCCGCCCAUGCCUCGGGCCUGCGAGGCUGCCCUGCCACCACCAUCCCCUGAGGAUGGGGCACUGGACCUGUCUCUCUCCUCGUGCCGCAAGCCAGGAGGUUCCCACGGGGAGACGGCCGGCAGUGGGCCCAGUGCCGAGGCCAGCCCGCAGGACAAGCCGGCCACCCCCUUCGCCACCUCCAAAGCACCGGAGGCUGCAGGCAAGGUGGAGGGCAGGGUGGUGGGGCCGGGGCCAGGUGAGCUCCUGCGGCCACCACAGAAGUGGUUGGUGGAACCGGCCGGGAGGGCGGCCUGCGAACCCAAGCCUGGCGGCAACAACAUCGAGAUCGUCAGCACCUCUCAGACAGCCAAAGUCAUCGUCUCUGUCAAGGACGCAGUGCCCGCCAUCUUCUGCGGCAAGAUCAAGGGCCUGUCGGGGGUGUCCACCAAAAACUUCUCCUUCAAAAGGGACAUGCCCCAGGACUCAGUGCUGCAGUGCUACGACGUGAAGAGCCAGCCCGAGCCCCGGGACAACGCUGAGGCGCUUAGGAAACCCGUAAAGAACAGGAGCGUAAAGCUAAAGAAAAUGAACUCGCCCGAAAUACACAUUCUUCCAAUAAAGAAGCAACGGCUUGCUGCCUUUUUUCCAAGAAAGUAAAUUAUGGGUUUUUAGAAUUUUAAGAUUAUUAUGGAAAAAAAAAAUAAUAAAAAAGAUGCACUUGGUUUUAAACUCAUCUAAAACUUUAAACUAUCUUUGUAAGUUAUUUUUGGGGAAGGGGGAGAGGAGCAGAUGUAGAGUCCCUAUAAGCUGGGUUUCUUCUCUUUUUUUUUGUUAUUAAAUUUUGACUUUUCGUGGGAAACUGAAUAAAAGCAACCUAUUUUUCAAGCAGAUUGCACAUUUUGCAGCUUUAAUGGAGUAACGGAUGAGUCAGAGGGGUAAGAGCUAUUUUCACUGCCAUAAAGUGCUUUGAUGAUGUAAUUCUUCAUAAUGGUUAGACCAGAAAUUUCAAAAUAAAUGUUUGUACGUGCUA